AUUACAAUGCAGCAGGUGUUUUGGAAGUUUCUCUUUGCCUUGAAAUCGCCACAACAACGAACUUCAACACAAAAAUUCAUCUUAAUUAACCUUUAAUUCCCCGUAUUCUCCGUUACCGUCAGCUAUGUCAUCCAGCGACGCCGCCGUUUACAGCCAAAAACUCGACAUCUUCCUCAUUGCCGUCGGCUCCGCCGGCGCUGUCGUCACCAUUUAUCACUGCAUCAUGGCUUGUUGGUGUGACCGCCGCCGCCUCAACGCUGGCGACCAAACACCAGCGAACGACCUACACUCUAUGUCGCUGGCGGAGACGCCACGGAGCACCGAGAAUUCGGUCGUUCAUUUGAUUCCGGCUCACAAGUAUGAGAAGCAAAAGGCGGUGGACAGCGGCGGAUGCGAUGGCGAUGGCACGUGCGCCAUCUGUUUGAGCGAGUUCGAGGAGGGGGAGGAAAUAAGAACGUUGCCCGAGUGUCUGCAUUCGUAUCACGUGCCGUGUAUCGACAUGUGGCUUUACUCUCACUCAAGUUGUCCGAUGUGUCGUACUGAUGCUACUCCGACGUCGGUUCAUGACAGGCUGCAGUUUGAGACGCAGCCGAGUUCUGGGAUUAUUGUGCACGUGCGGCCCACGAGGAAUGAGUAA